AUGGAUAAUGCUGUUAAGACUCUAGACUCCGAAAAGGAGUUCAAUAUUAUUCAUAAAGAUAAUAUUUCAGUAAGAGAGACCAGAUCAGAAAAUGAUGAUGGCUCUUUCAAAGAACAUAAGAUUAAUAAAAGAUUUGUAUUGUUUAAGAUUGAUUUAUUCGUUUUAUCCUUUGUUUGUCUACAAUACUGGAUCAAUUACGUUGAUCGUGUUGGUUUCACCAAUGCCUAUGUCUCAGGUAUGAAAGAAGACCUUAAUAUGACAGGUAAUGAUAUAUCAAUAACAAAUACUUGUUUCACUGUAGGUUACGUCGUUGGUAUGCUUCCAAAUAAUUUAAUGCUAUUGAUUGUGCCUCCAAGGUUAUGGCUAAGUUUUUGUACUUUCUCAUGGGGUUUAUUGACUUUAGGUAUGUAUAAGGUUACAUCCUAUCAACAAUGUUGUGUAAUUAGAUUCUUCCAAGCUUUAUUUGAAAGUUGUACUUUCUCGGGUACCCAUUUGAUCUUGGGUUCAUGGUAUAAAGAAAAUGAAUUGCCCAUCAGAAGUGCCAUCUUUACAAGUAGUGGUUUAAUUGGUUCCACAUUUAGUGGUUUCAUGCAAGUAGCUAUUCAUAAAAGUUUAAAUGGUCGUCAAGGUUUACCUGGUUGGAGAUGGUUAUUCAUUAUUGAUUUCUGCAUUACUAUCCCAAUUGCAUUAUACGGUUUGAUAUUCUUCCCUGGUGUUCCUGAUAAGUCAAGUAUUAAUAGUAAAUUCUCGAUGACAAAAGUAAUCUUCACUAAAGAAGAAUUACAGUACGCCAGAAGAAGAUUACCAGCAAGGGAUGAGAGUACUAAAUUAGAUUGGUCUGUCGUUCCAAGAGUAUUGAGAAGAUGGCACUGGUGGUUAUUUUCAUUUGUUUGGGUAUUGGGUGGUGAAAAUUUAAGUUUUGCUUCAAAUGGUCUUUUUGCAUUAUGGUUAAAAGAUAGAAAUUAUUCCCUAUCAAAUAGAAAUAACUUCCCAUCAGGUAUUUACGCGGUUGGUAUCGUUUCAACUUUUGCAGCUGCCUUUUAUUUAAGUAAAAUUAAGAGAUCAAGACAUUGGCAUGUCGCUAUAGUCAUUGCUGUCGUCAUGUGCGCUGUGGCGAUAAUGAUUAGAAUCGACCCUCUAAAUGAAGCUUUGAUGUUUACUGCCCAAUAUCUAGGUGGUGUAGCAUACGCUGGUCAAGCAGUAUUCUUUGCUUGGGCUAACGUUGUAUGUCAUGACGAUCUGCAAGAGCGUGCAAUUGUCUUGGCUUCGAUGAAUAUGUUCUCUGGUGCAGUUAAUGCUUGGUGGUCUCUAUUAUUUUACGCAGCAAAUACUGUCCCUCAUUUCAGAAAAGGUUGUUAUGCAUUAAUUGCGACCUCAGUAAGUAGUGGUAUUGUUUCAAUUUUGAUUAGAAAAUUCCAAAUCAGAGAAUUGAACCAAAAGAGGCAAAUGCCAUAUGUUGAUGCAAACGAUAUGAUUGUAGAAGACCAUAACGAAGAAGAGGAAGAUGACGAUGAAGAUCUUGAAAAUGUCUUCAGAGAUCGUUACACUGAAGAAUCAAGCCAAGUGAUUUGA